GUCAAACACGGAUUAAAGAUGGCGCCCUCUCACGCGUUAAGGUGCUGUAAACGGGCUCUGAACUGGGUACCUGUCUUGUUUAUUAACCUGGUUGUUGGCUGGUCGUAUUACGCUUACGUUGUGGAGCUCUGUGUCUAUACAAUCCCAAAUAAUGCAGAACGAAUCAGCUAUUUGGUUAUCUUUCACGUUUUCCUCGGUAUGUUCAUAUGGGCCUACUGGAAAACUAUCUGGUCCAGACCAGCCAGUCCCUCAAAAGCAUCAGUUCAGUCUUCCCAGGGCAGAGAAGGAGCUGUAUGAGAGAGAGGAGCGAGCUGAGGCCCAACAAGAGAUCCUGAAGAAAGUGGCAAGAAACUUACCCGUGUACACACGCACAGCUGGAGGAGCCAUCAGAUACUGCGACUUCUGUCAGGUGAUCAAACCUGAUCGCUGCCAUCACUGCUCAACCUGUGAAAUGUGUGUACUGAAAAUGGACCAUCACUGCCCCUGGGUGAACAACUGUGUCGGGUUCUCAAACUACAAGUACUUUGUCCUGUUCCUGACCUACGCAUCACUCUACUGUGUAGUAAUUUGUGCAACAGUCAUCCAGUAUUUCAUCAAAUUCUGGACCAAACAGCUGCCUGACACACACGCCAAAUUCCACAUCUUGUUUCUGUUUUUUGUGGCGGCCCUGUUCUUCAUCAGCAUCGUGUCCUUUCUUGGUUACCAUCUAUGGCUCGUGGGAAAGAACAGGACCACUAUAGAGGCUUUUAGGGCUCCUGUUUUCACAAAUGGACCAGACAAAAAUGGAUAUUCUCUGGGAUUUAGAAGAAAUGUGGCUGAGGUGUUUGGAGACCAAGCAAAAUACUGUUUUUUUCCUGUUUUCUCAAGUCAGGGAGAUGGGCAUUCCUUUGUCACUAGAUUGGUGCAGAUAGAUCCUGAACAAGCUCACAGUGUACUCCAGCAGAAUGGCAAAGGUCCUGCUGAUGGAGAAACUAACCCGUGUGCACACAGCAACAAUGUUCAGCACACAGAAGAUGGCAGCAAAGAGAAAAUGAAUGGAGGCCAGACUGUCUCUGUGACAAUGGAGAAUGAGCAGUAGACGAUGCCUGUAUCUCAACUACGAUGCCUUAAACCAGGAGCAUCAGCACCUCAACAGGAGCCAUCCUACACCUUCAUUUUAAGCUUUGAUGCAGCCUCAAACCAUAUGUUUUGGAUUUGUUUUACAGGGACCAUUCCUCAUCCAGCGUGCUUUGAAAGAGCACUACAACAAUACUGCUGUCAUGUAGAAAGCGCCUCUACAGCGACCUCAUAGACUGCACCAGUCUGAAGCAGAGGAGAUGUUGUCUUUGUUAUAAGCCAAAGGCAUUCAAAUAAUCCCCAAAAUGCGGGAGCCAGUGUUUGUCUUUAUGUACACAUUUACACAUUUUGUCUAAAGAGUCAUCCUUUAUCAGUGUUAAUCAACUUCUUAAAGUCUAACUGCAGAGCAAAGCUUUGUAUCUUGAUUUCAUCUAAAAUGUUACAGAGUGUGUAUGUUUUAUAAGUCAAACUCCAAGCACAGUGCAAUUAGCAGGUGGUCUCCAAUUUAGUUUACACAUUUGUAAAUAUUUAAAGGUUUUGUUCUGUUUACACUUUAAAAUAUUUAUUUUGCAUUUCAGUUUAUUUGAUGGGCAAAUGCGCAGUUGAUAUAAGCUCAAACUGAGAGGACCAAAUCCAGUUUAAUGCUCGAUUAAACGGUUUAAUCUCAUUCCAGGUACUUGAGACACAAAGCCAACGGAUCUCCUGUAAAACCAAGAUGAUCAGCGAGAUUGCGGUUUUUCAUUGCAGUAUAAUUAUCUGUAAUUUAUUUUUUAAAAUUAUUUCUUUGUCUUUCCAUGUAUUUUUUAAUUUUGUAAAUCACAUUUCUAUUUAUUUUUUUCAUUUUCAAAAGGACACUAAAAUGAUUCUUUUCCAUCUUACAGAAUUAACACUUAAGUCUUUUGUAUUUAUAUAUUAACAUGAAUCAGUUUGAAGGAUCUUCUGUUUGUUUCCACCCCUUUGAGAUUUAUUUCAAAAUCAAAGAACAUUAAAAAAAAAAAAAAAAGAUAUAAAGGUCAGGGACAUUUGCUGAUUUGUGUCCUUGGGCCUAAACUCUUUACUGCUGGCCAUUGUUUCUUUAUAUUGCAUCCCUUUUAGUGGAUGUGAUACACAGCACAAUAAAAACUGUGAAUGAUGUGCAGAUUUUGCUGUUGGCCUAUAUGAUUGAUGACUCUCAGUAGUUCAAUGACUGGUUUCCUCACUGAACUUGCCAACAGGCAUCUGGAGCUGCUGAUUUAAUUAAUGCCUGUUAGAAAAUGCUUUUUUUUUUUUUUUUAUACUAAGAAUC